AUGGCGCGGGCCCUCCUCCGCCGCGCCCUCUCCCUCGCCCCCGCAGCACCGCCCGGGCUCCCGGCCUUCUCCUCCUCCACUGCCACCGCCACCGCCGUCGCGCCCCUGCGCUCCCCAUUCGACGACCGCCUACUCCGCCUCCUGCGCACCGAGAUCUCCUACAUCUCCGACCGCCGCCCACCCUACCGGCCGCCGACCAGCUUCAAGUCGUUCGCGGUGGAGGACCGCCCGGGGGAGCAGUGGGUGCGCCUGCGCGCGGCCCACGGCCCGACCGAGCAGAUCAAGAUCGACGCCACGCUGUUCGACGGCGCCGCGGAGCCUGGCCCGGACGCGUCCCUCUUCCACCGGGUCGAGGCGCUCGAGCGGGGCCCGCGCCUCCACCUCAGCCUCAUCGUCGAGGUCGCCCGCGCCGACCGCGUCCUGGGGUUCAUCUGCUCCGCCUGGCCCGACGACCUCACCAUCCGCCACGUGCUCACCCUAAGAGGCGCCGGCGCUGCCGCCGGCGACCGCGGUGGGCGUGACUUCGCGAAGCUGGAGCCUGCGGAGAGGGAGGCGGUGAAGAAGUUCCUGCAGGAGAGGGAGGUGGACGCUGAGCUCGCCGAGUUCUUGCAUGAAUAUGUGGCAAACAAGGAGAAGAUGGAGAUGCUCCGGUGGUUGAAGACGGUCGAAGCGUUCGUCGAGAAGUGAGCUAUGGAGCUGCAGGCAUGAUGUUAGCAGGGCUGCACCGCUGGUUUAAGCAUGGUUUGUGUUACAUCAUGUUACCCACAGAACUGAUAAUGAAUCGGUUCCAGCAAAAGAUGCCCAGAGAUGUCCUCCUGAACGCCUUGUUAUUUAUCCAUCUCUUUCCUCUUUUACGACUAGCUACUUAUUUCUGAAGAAAGUAGGUUGAGUUUAACCAUUGGGUUAUGGCUUGUCAAAAUCAUUGUUUGAUUUGGGAAGCCACCGAGCUACCCUAUUGGAAUAUUAUAUAGUUUCUUUAUGUAAUAUACACUAAUACAGAAGCCCACUAAAAUUACAUGUUUCUUCUCCUUUUUGCAAUAUAAAAUUGGUUUAUUUUGAGUCGUUA